AUGUCUGAUGUCGUGGAUGAAGCUCGCUGGCGUGAGCAGGUGUUUAGAGAACAUGAGUUCUCCGUGGUGCGUCUGCAUUCUGUUGCUGGAAAUGAUUUUCGUGGCAAUGGCUUUAUUGUCUAUCACAGUAAAACGAGGUGUCUCAUAGUGUCAUGUCAACAUGUCGUUAAGAUAGCUGAAGAUGGUGGAACCAUGUAUGCUUAUUUCUCCAACAGUGUCGCCCCAUACAAUGCAAGAGUAUUGUAUACCGAUGAGCACCGGGAUCUUGCUUUGCUGUGGGCUGAAGAGGUGGUGGAACCAAUGACUUCUUUGAGGUUCUUUGACUCACCGUAUGCUUCUGGAUGGAGUGUUGUCGCACUUUCUUUUAUCUCAUUGGGUGCUUCAUCCAAUCCUAUUCUAGAACCAGGGACCUUUUCUGGUGACAUAACCAAUGAACCAGAUGAACCACACCUUCACUGUAGUUGUUCAUCUAAGGAAGCGACAUCAGGUUCACCUAUUAUUUUGGCAAAUGUAAACGAGGUAGUUGGGGUGCUUGGCGGAGCUUCACGUGCGUCUGUAUACGCUGUUCCGGUCAGAACUAUAAAGGAGUUCUUAGGACAGCGCCUUGGUGGAGUCAAUGUAAAACCUCGAUUUUUUCAUGCAAUGGACAUGCCAAUCGCUGGGAUGGUUAGGCUUGUCGCACUGCAGCAGGCAUAG